GUUAAAUUGGCCCUGGUCUGCCACCUGGUGUGGAGAGCAUCCCAGUGAGGAGGCCUUUCUGGAUGGGAGGAAGCAUGAUGAGCGGGAAGAGCCUGCUGCUGAAGGUAGUCCUGGGUCAGGAGCUGGUACGGGGGUGGAAAGUGUUUACUAAGUGAUCCGACUUGAGUGCCAGGUUCCUGUUCCUCUGGGACAGAAAACUGGACAGAACCACAUAUGAUCUGCCUGAGAUGGACCAAGAGCAGCAGAUUCUGAUGGAGAAAGAAACAAACUGUUCCGCGGCAGCGAGUGAACGCCGGGGAAGGGGCAGCAACCUAAACCUGCACAGCUGAAGGCAUGAUUCAUCACACGUCCCUCCUACAACACUGAGCCUACCUUGAGUGUGAGACCGACGCAGGAGGAGUCGGAGAGGAACAACAGGUUUACCUGCAUCACUCGGACAAAUGUUAUUAUGUGGAAUGAACGUGGAGCUAGAACUGGGCGAGCUGCUUCAGGAGUUCCAGGACGUGGUGGAGGAGCUCAGGGCCCCAUCUCACAGCAAACCACACGCUUACCAGCGCAUCCUGCGGGAGGCCAAGAGUCGCACAGGGCAGGGCGAAGACAGCGGAGUUGAGGACUCUGAUUACAGCAGUGAAGCUUCUUUGGGAAACAGUUUGAACACCAGCGAGGAGGAGCUCCACACAGCAGGCAUAACGCUGGCCCCGAAAGCUAAGCUGGGAGACACAAGGGAACUUGAGAGUUUUAUCGACAUGUUGGACCGGGAACUUGCUGAGAUGUGAGCAGAGAGAGAUAGCGAGCCACGCACAGGGGGGAGAAACAGGCCGGGGGCGACAUGGCUGGCUACUGCCGUGCAGACAGGCAGAUCUACACCAGAGCAGAUCUGAGGGAGCAAACGCUCCCCUGGCUGCUCCUGGGAAAAAAGGUUGGCAUCAGAAAUGAAAAGGGCGCGCUCCAGUCCAAAAUGCAAGAACACCCUCAGACCCUUGGCGACGCCACGUCCAUCCAGCAAGACGACGUCCCUUCAGCAUCAGAUCCAGGAUGUGUAACAUAUUCUCGUAACUAGACGAAGCUUCCAUCUGUCAGGGCGUAUUGGGAAACGCUGCCUAGAGUAUAGGAAGCGUGUUUAUGCCAGAUUGGAAAAUCCUGAGUGCUAAGCCAGUAAAGGGCCCUAAAUCCUCAGUGCCAUAUAUUUUUUUUAAAGGAUGCUGAUCUUUAUGUUGUGAAGAAUUACAGAUCGCACUUUAGUUGUAAACCAAUUCCAAAUCCAAAGGGUCCAGAUCUGCUGUGUGAUAUCAAUUGUCAUUUUUAUGCUGACCUUUCCAGUGUACAGUUUUUGUGAAUAUUCAUGUUUUAAUAUAAAUUGUUGUACAGAUGAAUGCACAUAUAAAUAAAGCUACAUUUUGAAUUUA